AUGGACGACGCUGCGAGUUUCCUCCUCUUACUUCCCCCUCCGCCAUCACCGCCAACUAUCCCUGCUCUCAAAGAAUUAUAUGCCGACACACUCACCCAAGUUUUGAAAGAGGCCGAUUUGGCUUCCAAAGAAUCUGUCCAGCCCUCGGUCCUCGACAUUGCUCUGGCUAUUCCGCACCUGACAGCACAAGCUGCUAUCCCGCGUGCCGAGCUCUAUGCACCCACGCAAACUAUACUUGCUGCUGUCUACAAACUUAUCUGUCUGAUUGCGGCUCAAGAGCAUAUCAAUGUUGAAGACGCCGACGGCGUUGAUGUCCGCAUUCUUUCAGUUGCCUGGUCUCCUCAAUCUAGCUUCGACGCUUCUGCGCACCCCUCAUCAUACGGCCCUGUGCUCGACUUGCAGUCUCUUGCUGCUAGCGGGCGUCCAUGGCAGUAUGCAUUCGGUGUAGAGAACGACCAAGGAGAGGUCUUUGUCCGUGCCUUUGUUGCUGCAAAGCAAGCAGCCGCUGACCACCAAUGCGAUUGCCAUCCAUCCUCUGGAACCACGAGACCCACUACAACUCCUCGUCUGUCAGCCAAAGAACACCAUCACGUUGCUGUUGGUGGCACUUUUGACCAUUUACAUAUCGGUCACAAGCUUUUGCUGACCAUGACCGCCUUUGCCCUCGAUCAAACCAAAUCUGAUUCCAUCUUAACGAUAGGCAUCACAGGCGACGAGUUACUCAAGAACAAAAAGUAUGCCGAGCAACUCGAAAGCUGGUCUGCCCGCCAAACAUCCGUCCACCGUUUCCUAGACGCAAUUCUCAACUUUGCUUCCGCAGAUGCCGCGGAUCCUGUCGUAGAAGAGGUCAAAGAGUCCGGCCCGAACGGCCACGCAGUCAACAUCACAUAUCCUAAUGGCUUAAGCGUUCGAUGCGUCGAGAUCUGGGAUCCUUUUGGCCCAACAAUCACCGAGAAAGACAUCUCUGCUCUCAUAAUUUCUGCGGAAACCAGAGCUGGGGGCAGUGCUGUCAAUGACAAGCGUGCUGAAAACGGAUGGCCCAAGUUGGAUGUCCUGGAAGUCGAUGUGCUGGACUCCACAGAAAACUCGAGUGCCGCAUCGCAGCAAAACUUUGAAGGCAAGCUCAGUAGUACCGAAAUUAGGAAAAAGCAGGCGCAAAAGACUGCUUCUUCGCUAUAG